CAAUCAACAUUCAGUUGUAAAAUAGAACACACGACAACAUGUUCAGCAAAAUUGUAACUUUCGGUGCUUUCUUGGCCGCGGCCAAUGCCGGACUCUACGGUCAUGGACAUGCCGUGUCCUCCCAAAGCAUCAUUCGUCAUGAUGAGGCUCCCCUGCACUACGCCCACGCUGCCCCAGUGGCACACUAUGCUGCUCCCAUCGCCCACUACGCCGCCCCUAUUGCCCACUACGCCGCCCCAGUUGCCCACUACGCCGGCCCAGUAGCCCACUACGCCGGUCACGAUGAAUAUGCUCAUCCCAAAUACGACUUCGCGUACUCAGUAGCUGACCCCCACACCGGCGACCACAAGUCCCAGCAUGAGUCCCGCGACGGUGACUCCGUGCACGGCUCCUACUCCCUCGUCCAGCCCGAUGGUUCUGUCCGCAAGGUCGAUUACACCGCUGAUGAACACCACGGUUUCAACGCUGUAGUGCACAACUCUGCUCCCUCCGUGCACCCCAUCGCUGCCCACCACCAUCACCACUAUUGAAAAAAUAAUUAAUAGUAAACUGACUCGAAAAAUAAUGAUAAAUAUUUAAAUGAAAAUAAUACUCUACUUUAUAAUAUUUAUGCUUUUGUAAAAAUGUGAAUGUGAUAAAAUGUAAAUAAAGUGUGUGUUUCCU